UCUUUCUUUAUUUCUUUCCUUUAUGUUUUCUUUGCCUUUUUCCAGCAGAACAGUCUAAUUAAAGUAACUUUGUAACUAAUUACACCCGACACAGUUUUCACCCCUAAACCCAAAGCCCGAACGCUCGGAAACAAAUGACCCGGAUUGCAUUUCGCUGCAGUGUCAGUUCAGGACACGCUAAUGAUGAUGAAGGUGUCAUCAUUUCCGUCCUCCUCAUCAUCCGUCAGCGGGCCCGCGCCCACCUGUCGCGAGCAUGAUUGACAGCUGAAUAGCGCGCGCCUCCGGUUACGCGGCCCGACACGCGACACCCGGAGCUCCAGUGACCGCAGACAGAGCACUGUAUUCGGCCAAACUGCUGAAGAUCUGGCCUGGAUGAGCUGGAGGAUCCGCUGAUGGAGAGGACCCGGCGCUGGAUGGAGGUCAUGCUCCUGUCUGCGCUUCUGCUGGCUGAAGCCUCUCACUGUGCUCAGGGUCGAUUCGCACACAAGUUGUUGAACGAUCUGAUGGAGGAUUACUCCAGCGCUCUGCGGCCGGUGGACGACACUGACAAAUCCCUGAACGUCACACUGCAGGUCACACUGUCCCAGAUCAAAGACAUGGACGAGAGGAACCAGGUGUUAAUCGCGUACCUGUGGAUCAGGCAGGUGUGGCACGACGCUCACCUGAAGUGGAGUAAGGAGGAUUAUGACGGUCUGGAGGUGAUCCGCAUUCCCAGCAGCCUCAUCUGGAGACCCGACCUGGUGCUGUAUAACAAGGCGGAUGAUGAUUUCUCAGGCCCGGUGGACACUAAUGUCGUUCUGCGCUACACCGGCGAGAUCACGUGGGACGCUCCGGCCAUCACCAAGAGCUCCUGUGUGGUGGAUGUUUCCUACUUUCCCUUCGACAGCCAGCAGUGCAACCUCACGUUCGGCUCCUGGACAUACAACGGCAACCAGGUGGACAUCGCAAUGGGCAGUGUCAGCGGCGACCUCUCGGACUUCGUGGAGAACGUGGAGUGGGAAUGCCACGGGAUGCCGGCUACCAAAAACGUGAUCAUGUACGGCUGCUGCUCGGACCCGUACCCCGACAUCACCUACACUGUGCUGCUGCAGCGCCGCAGCUCCUUCUACAUCAUCAACCUGCUGCUGCCCUGCUUCCUCAUCUCCUUCCUGGCGCCGCUCAGCUUCUACCUGCCCGCAGACUCCGGGGAGAAGGUCUCGCUGGGGGUCACCGUGCUGCUGGCGCUGACUGUGUUCCAGAUGAUGGUGGCGGAGAGCAUGCCUCCCUCUGAGAGUGUUCCUCUCAUUGCUAAAUACUACAUAGCGACGAUGACCAUGAUCACGGCGUCCACCGCUCUGACCAUCUUCAUCAUGAACAUUCAUUUCUGCGGCGCAGAGGCCAAACCGGUGCCGUACUGGGCCAAAGUGCUCAUCAUCGACUACAUGUCCAAGAUCUUCUUCGUCUAUGAGGUUGGAGAGAGCUGUGCGUCUCCGUUCGGACAGGCGGAGGAGUCAGAGUCCUUCCACAGUCAGAAUCACCACCGAAAACACAAGCUUCAUCACCCUAAAGGGAAAAUAUCAGGAUCUCCGCCACCCUGCUGCCCGGAGGACCACAAAUCCCCCUUCGUCCUGGGCUGCGAGAGCUGUGUUUACUGUGGUUUUCGCUCUGGAAAUCUGGCCUGCGACACAAAGCUGCUCCGCAAUGUUGAAUACAUCGCCAACUGCUUCCGCGAGCAGAAGACCACCGCCCUGAAGGUGGCCGAGUGGAAGAAAGUGGCCAAGGUGAUGGACCGAUUCUUCAUGUGGAUAUUUUUCAUCAUGGUCUUCCUCAUGAGUAUCCUCAUCAUCGGAAAAGCACCAACAACCAACAACGACAUUUGACUAUAUAAGUCCUUCCCCACCACAUUAAUUGGUAAUAGUUCAACCAAAACUGAAAGUUCUGCCAUCUCAUUUCCUAGUGCUGUGGUGAAAAAUCAUUUGACAAAUCAAUACUGUGUUUUCAACAUCCAUCAAUAUUCUCUCAUGAAUCAAAUCUGAAAUUAGUUUUUAACAGCAGACGGCGCUCUGAGCUAGUUUUUAAACAUUAGAUGGGGCUCUAAUCUAGUUUUUAACAGCAGGCGGCGCUCUA